UUAUGAAUGAGCUUCUCUAAAGGUUUUCUGAUAACAUUUUUCAAAGUAUCACAAUAAUUCAGGGAUACGACUUAAUCCCCAUGAUUGAUAUUUCCAAUUUUGUCGUUAAUACCAAAUCUUUAAAUAAUUAUUGCAUGUGCUGCGUUCGCAUAUUUUUUCUGACUCAUGAUCCAUUUCGUCCGCGACCAUCGGGGACAUCACGAGGUCACACCUUCCUUUCACCGCCAAAUUAAAGGUCUCAAGCUUUCAUUGUGGUUAGUGGGCUUCAUACUUGUAUUCGAUGUUUGUUUUGCCGACGGUAAAGAAAUAUUUUUUCCAUUGCUGCAAUUUUUUGGAUCAUAUCCGGAUCGCUUCAUGGUAUAUUAUAAGCCUAAAAUUACGGCGUUGGUGGCUCAAGCUUACUAUGCUUUUAAGAAAAUUGAUGAUUCCGAACAAGUGACUGCUGCCUGGAAUUUUACUGUAGCAUUAGUUACGCUGGUGUGUGUGCAUCACGUUGCUGACACAAUUAGAAAGUCCGUCGCGAGUCGACUGAGAACUGUAGUAGCGUUAGAAUCCAAUCUUUGAUCGAUCGAUCAAACCGCAAAUUUCAAGUUUUCAUUUUGAACGAAAUGUAUUUGCAAUAAUUAAGUAUCAAUGGCUCAGGCCUAGACCAGGCCAAACCUGUGC